AUGUGCUGUAUGCUAGUGGGUCUGAAACACUGGGAUUAUUGUUUAUCCCUCGGCGGCACCGCUGUCUGGUAUGCUGUUCUCGCUUUUUGUUGCGGCGUGUGGCAAGCAUUCGCAGCCUUUGUGCACGUCGAUCUCUCUGGAGAUGUCAUAGAACCGUUCGUCCGUGCCGGUGCACAAAAACAGCUCUCUCUCGGGGUGAUGUCAAUCAGCCAUGCAGGUGCUGCUGCUCUGAACUGCGCCGUCGCUCUGCUUAUCAGCUUUGCUGUCGGAUUAAGAUCACCAAAGCUGUGUAGGACUUCAGCCACGGUUAUCCUGACUCAAGGAAUUUACAAUGCGCUUUUCCUCGUUGGUGUCUGGAGCGUUUUUGAUGAGCCAACAAAGCAGGCGAACCGGCACGCCUCAGGAAUGAACCCGGAUGCAUGGUUCGGUGCGCUGUUCGCAUGGCCUGCUGCCGUCGUUCUCGCGUCUUUGGCGAACGCCCAAACUGCCGGAAACUCGGGCUUCGACGGGAGACAAACCGUCGCGUUUCCCAUGCCGCAUGACCCAGAAAACGGCAACAUCUCUACCGCGUGGAAAAGGGUCGGCACGUGGAGCGUGGGAUUGUCUCUCGGACAAGGAGUGCUUUUGUUGAGUGGCUUAUGUUUUGUGAUGGCUGCUAAAACUCUCCGCAGCUUUUGGAACCUACAUAUGGUUGGGAGCUAUGAGGCCCAGCAAAUUGGCCGGGCAUUCAUGCUCGAAGGCUUCAUGCUUUGUUUUCUGGCCAGUUCGGCGUUCGUUGGCGCAUUGUUGACUUCUACCUUCUCUCUUCUUAUCGCUCUUUUCUGCUGUAUCGGGCUCGCUCCAGUCGCGGUAGUUGUGGCCAUUUGGUGGAACGUGCUCCUUGUAAGAUGGGAAGUCGAACCCGGCGUGUUUGUUGGCAUGCAGUUCAGUAUCGUGGAGCAAUACGUCUGCGUUGUUUGCUGCUGGUUCGCAUGUCGGGCGCUGUGCGGGCUCAUUGCCGCAACAACAAAAGGUCGCUCGGGCUUUGAUAUGCCAAGGCAUGACUGUCGGGAAUCUGAACCUCUUAUCUCUUCUGAAAACCCGGCUUAA